AUUGAAACUCUAACCAUGUCCCUAAUCUUCUCAAGAAAUGUAUUCAGCAUAUGCAACUAUGCAAGAACUCAGCUCUGUCAAACUUAUUGGGUUCAGCUUCUUUUUAAGCUUGGUAGUGAAAAUCUUCUCCAACUAGACGUCGGAGGUAAAUUGGUAAAAUGUGUGAUAUAGACCCGCGUCCAUGGUGAGGUUCAUUUAGGGUUUAUCUGGGUUCCGAUUUAGAAUGGAGGAGGAGGAUGAUGAGCCUGUGCCUCUCCCUCCCUGCGUUUCUGCAACUCCUUCUCAUAUUGAAAUUGCUGCGCAAAGAGAUUACUACCCAGAAUAUCAUACGAACUCAAAGGUCUGUAUCUCUUUGCUUUCGCCAUUCAAGUCGACUGAUCUGGUAAUGAUAGACUAUAUAAUACUUAAUGUGAACUCUAGAGAAGCAAGAGGUGUGGGUGGCGAUGAUUCUUCAGAUAUCUUCUCCGAACGCCCUGAUUCCGGUGCUCUCAAGGAGCAUCUGUUGAAGAUGACCACCGACCAUCGGGCCCUAAUGGCUGUUAAACGCGGGACUCAGGAUCAACAAGGUAACUUAGAAAUCGGUAACGGCUAUGGUGUACCAGGAGGAGGUGCUUAUCAUGGUGGUAUGAGGUCUAAUAAUACUCUACCUAGGAAUUUGGGACUUGGAAUCAAUGAAAUGGGACAGAUGAACUUUGAGCCUGAUAAGGGCUUUGAACAGAAACAUCCUUCUAAAGAAUUGUCCGAGUAUCUUAAAAAAAAGUUGCGAGAUAGAGGUAUUCUUAAAGAUGACUCAAACAAAGAUGACGUUUUUCAGAACACAAAGAGUAUUUCAGCUCAACAGAUGGAUAAUGGGAAAUUGCCUCCUGGAUGGGUGGCAGCAAAAGACCCUGGAAGUGGUAGUUUGUAUUAUUUUAAUGAGACCACAGGGAGGAGUCAAUGGGAAAAACCUGCUGCAACAUCUUCUAAUACACCACUUCAGUCACCUUUGUCUCUUCUGGAAGAUUGGGUGGAGGCUUUAGAUGAAACAACAGGUCACAAGUAUUACUAUAAUAUGAAGACAUAUGUAUCACAAUGGAAACACCCAAACUUAGAACAGAAAAUUGCAUCUCAACGUGGUCAGGGUGCAUCUGAGCUACAGGUAGAAAAGGAUCAGUUAUCCGAACAAAGGAGAUGCAUGGAUUGUGGUGGAUGGGGGGUAGGCCUUGUUCAGAUGUGGGACUACUGCAAUCACUGCACGAGAACUCUUGCCCUUCCACAGUCCCAGUACUUGACAGCUAGCCUUAAUUUUAAUCAGCAGACCACAAGUGCUGCUGAUAUCAGAGGUGAUUCGGACAUCAAGGCCACCAUGCAGAGGUCCAAUCAGAAACCUCCAAUAGGUAAAGGCAACAAAAAAGAGAGUAGGAAGCGUGUUUACUCUGAGGAUGAUGAAUUGGAUCCAAUGGACCCUAGCUCUUACUCAGAUGCUCCCCGCGGUGGCUGGGUGGUAGGCCUCAAAGGAGUGCAACCACGAGCAGCUGACACAACUGCUACAGGUCCUCUCUUCCAACAGCGUCCAUACCCAUCACCAGGUGCUGUCUUGAGGAAGAAUGCUGAACUUGCUUCACAAACCAAGUCAAGCUCACAUUUAGCACCUAUAUCCAAAAGAGGGGACGGGAGUGAUGGACUUGGUGAUGCUGAUUAAGACACUAAUCAGUAUCAGUACUUUUGCUAUCAAAAAUAUGAGGCACUUUGCAGAUCCAAGUAUUCCGUUGUGUUGGUCAAAUGAUCAUGUAUGACUGGGGAAUACAUUCCGGCUUUAGUGACAGGCGAGCAUAUUGCGUUGGGGCAAGAACACAGCUUAAUUGCAGCAGAUACUGUUUUCCAUUUUUUUAUUAGAUGCAAGAGUUGUCCUGGCCAUUACAGCUACACAUUUAGUACAUGAGAUACAAGAAUGUAGAUGGUAUGAAAUAUUGAUGACAUAUAUAAAAGAAAGUCUGACCGUGCAAAUUCUUUUAA